AUGGAGCGCAUUUUACUCGCUAUCAAUGCCGAAGGUUCAUUGUCAUCCCUCCGAAUUGAUGGCUCCGAUUGGGACGCCUUGAACGGGGACGCUUUUUCACGUACCAUCCUCCCAAUAGUCGGACCUAGUAUCACCCACCUCACCCUCGACAACAUCGAAAAGAUCUCGACCAACAUAUUUCUUUCUUUGCCGAAGCUCGCCUCGUUGAGCCUUUUCGGCGCCUUCUUCGACCUUACCCCCAACUCAGAUCACCCAACCGCCAUUUCACCUCAUUCACUUCCUACUAUCCGGUCCUUCUCCUACGAAAGGAUAUCACGGACUGUUCCGGAUUAUUUUGGAGACCUAUGCGAGUGUAUUACACACAUUCUACCUCUCCACGAUGUAGCAAGUGCAUUCUUGCGUGCCGAGACAGAAGAUGACCUCAAUACCAUGACCGACCUUUUCCGAAAGGCACACAACGCGCUUAAGGCCGUCACCAUCGACUUGAGCGGGUUAAGCAACAAAGGCAAGCUACCCGAGUAA